UUGUGCCGACUUUCUGAUGCACAAAAAGGCCGUCUGCAAGUCAGUGAUGGACGAGAUGAGGCGCAGCGGUAGGUCACCGGAGGACAUGGCCAAGCAGCUGACGGAGACGCUCCAUCUCAAGUCCGAGAGAGCUCACCUGGCCUACCUGCUGAGCGUGCAGAACGUCAGGAAUGCGGAGGCAGGGCUCUCCGGCCAGAGAACCAUCACUGGGCUCCUCAGACAGGCCGACGCUCCAGAGGCAUUUGGCGGCUACUCCGAUGCUGACGGCUGGUGUGGAGUCUCCAUUUCAUCCCACCUCACUCUGCUGCUGCAGGGGAGCUUCAGACAGGCGCUGAGGUCCGACCACACCCGCAAAGUGGCGAAGAAGGUGGUGCUGUGGUCCGGCACCAUGUCAUCAUACGCCGUGAUGAACGAGAACUGGAUGAUCCUGAGCUGAUGCUGCAGUCAGAGUGGACCGGUCCCUUCAUGCCAUGUAUGAGGGUCUGAGUCAACGCUGCACUGCAGCUGGAGUGGAGAAGGCCGGCUUCCAGCAGGGACUGCUUUGCUGCCUUCAGGGUCCUGCAGGCUGGAGCUCAGGAGCAGCUCUUGUGGGACUGCUGGAGGACCUCAGAGGCAUCGUCUGGGAACCUGGAGAACACCAGCGCCUCAAGGACCAAGUUCAACAACGAUAGAACCAUCGAGUUGGACUUGUUCCACUGCAUGCGGCGCUUCAGUCUCGGAGCAUCACUCUCUCUCCACCUUUCUGCCAGUUCCUCUCUGCAGCCUUCCUCGUUGUGGACCAGGGAGAUCUCCAGAGGCUCAAGGAGGCGAACACCUUCUGUGGGAUCUCUCCUCCUAAUCCCACCAAGCUGCACAUGAGAGCGCUGCAGGUGCAAGGUGCCACAGCCCCGAGAGCUGCUGCAGAGGGUGGAAGACGUCCUCCAUCACUUCUACAUCUCAAAAGAUGUCAACCUGCUCCUCUACAAAUCCUCCAUGUUAAAGACAUGAAGGAUGCAGCGUGUGCACAUCAGGCUGCCUGAGCGACCCUGAGGUGGGGGAGGGAACCCUGUACAGGUUUGGUGGCACCUUGCAGCUGAACUACACCGAGGGAGAGGGAGCUGCUGCACCCAUCUGGAUCCCUGAGAGGCCCCUCUCAGCAGGAGGGCUUCCACUUUCACCAAGCCCAGUGGGUCACAGGGAACCGGGUUUCCUGUGAAGUAAGUAAGCGCAGGCCAUGACAGGGGUGGUGCGCUGGAACUUCCGGAGACUGGUUGACCUGAAGCUGCCCGGUGUGGAGCUGCCAGCCGUGUUCAACCCUGUGUUGAUAGCAGAGCUGAACAAUUUGUCUGCAAAGGUGACGGCAAAGGCAAAAUAUCCAGCGCUGCAGGUCACCAACGGAGACACGGGAGAGAGAUUCGGUCUUGACUAUGUGGAGCGUUGCUGUCGUCCUGUUCCUCUCAACUGGGACAAGCACAAGACACAGCCAAGCAUGGCCGCUGCGGUCGCCAAGGAGACGGAGCAUCCUGCAGCUGUAGAGGCCACAGACCGUCAGGAGACCAGUGCCACUGUGAGGGAAGCUCCAUCCAGUCUUGUGCCCAUCCUGUCCUUCCACGAGGGGUCUGACGUCAAGUUCCAGCCGCCCUGGAGGCCGUCGUCUGCUCCAGCAGCGCUGCCCGUAUCCUCCUCUCCAUAUAGCCGCUCGCACCGGACCGAUGAAAACAGGAGGCAUCGUCCAGGUGCUGGACCACGGCCGGUGGACAGAAGGUGCCAUUGACGGCUUCUGAUGAAACACCACGGAGCUCCACGCAUGCUGAAGCAGGUGGAUGACGACUACGCCGCCAUGGUCCAGAGGGGGUGCACUGACCCUCACAGUUUGUUACAUCCGACCACAUGCCAACAUAUCUCCAGAUAUGUCAAGCAUCUGGCCAAAAGAAAACCCACCAGCUCCUCUCUGAACACCAGCCCAGAGAAGGUGUUGGAGACACAGCAGCUGUGGCAGAGCUUGACCACCGGCAGCCAAACGGUCAGUGUGCCGGUCAUCACCAUGCCUCCUGCAACCGUCAACCCUCCAGCUGUGGCUCCUCUCAAGGAGGAGUCACUGAGCCGGGAUGCAGUGGAGAAGAUGGUGGCUGAGAUCCUGGACAAGCAGCAGCAGCAACAUCCGCAGCAGAAGCUGACGAGGAACUGUCUGGCCUGCGCUCAGCCAAAGUCCCGCUACCUUGCCGACGGUUCCUCGGUUCAUUUAGUCUUCCAGACCAAGACAGUUAAAGAUUUCUACUGCUCCACCAAGGUCUUUAAGACGUAUGCAUGCGAAGGCCUGAGAGACCCCCGCAUGUCCUUUGAGGACUUUGCAGCGUCUCCUUUCUUUGAGCGCGAGCUGGAGGCCGCCAAGCAGAGGGGGGCCGAGUGGAAGAAGGUGAAGGAAGAAGAGGAAGUCGGCGGAGCCGCUGCCGACAGGUCGCCUGUGCCGCUGAGGCGAGGCCCCGGCAGCCCUCAUGUUCACAGCUGCUUCCCCGGGGUGUUGGGGAAGUACGUCUACUGCCCCUCCAGGGUGUUCUCCCUGUACAAGGACCAGGGCAUGGGGAAGGAGAUGGCCUGGGGGACUUCACACAGUCCGCUUUCUGUGAGGCGGAGAGAGACAGAUGGCUCACAGAGAGGAAGAAGAGACCACACACAUAUAUAGUAUUAGUAAUACUAAUUAAAUGAUACAAUAAGAAUUAUUGGACGAAUAUAAGCAGCAUUAUUGCAUUGAUAUUGAUUGCAAAUAUAUAUGUCCAGUACAUGAGAAUGUAUAUAAUUAUUGUUUUGGAAUAAAUAUUGAUAUUUUACUAGAAUAAAUACAAUUAUUGCUGUAUAUAAAUAUUAUAUAAUAAUGUAAAUAUAUAUAAAAUGUGUAUCCAUCCUGACAUUUGAGAAGCUAAAACCAGGUCAUGUUGCUGAUUGUUUCAGCACUUAUAUUAUAAAUAUGUUUUUGAAUACACUACUCUGUGUGUAUAUGUAUAUGUCUAUAUAUAUAUGGUUGUUUUAUUAUAUGUAUAAUAAUGUAAUAAUUAUGUAUGCAUGUACAUAUAUACUUAUAUGGGA